GUAUAUAAACCCAUGCACCUAAUUGCUUAGAACACCUUGCACCUGUGGAAUAAUCACACACGACCUCACACUCAUCCAUUCAUUCAUUUCCCCUAAGGCACUUGAAAAGGGUAAAUUUCGAGUCAUCCGUUAGUUUAACAAUGGAGGUGGUAGUGAAGUCAGAUGUUGCAGACUUCAAACAACAGCAGCAGCAACCACAACAACAUUUCCAUGUAUUGGCAGUGGAUGAUAGCAUUUUGGACAGGAAGCUUUUGGAGAGGCUCCUCAGAGGCUCUUCUUAUGAAGUGACUUGUGUGGACUCUGGGGAUGAAGCACUAAAAUAUCUGGGUUUGCAUGAUGACCUAAACCAAAGUAGUACAACUUCCUCCUCAUCCACUUCCCGUCAGUCAUCAGAUGUACUGGAGGGAGCAAAAGUCAUCAACUUGAUCAUGACAGACUUCUGUAUGCCCGGAAUGAGCGGCUAUGAUUUGCUGAAACGCGUCAAGGGAUCUUCUUGGAAAGAUGUACCAGUCGUGGUCAUGUCAUCAGAGAAUGUUCCUUCUAGAAUCAACAUGUGCCUGGAAGAAGGGGCAGAGGAGUUUCUGUUGAAGCCACUCCAGUUUUCAGAUUUGAAGAAGCUUCAGCCUUACCUGCUCAAAUCCCUCCGUCACUAUUCUUCUAUCGACAGUAUUGACAACAGCGACGACAACAAUGUCUCAGUGAAGGGGGAAGUUGGUGGUGGUGAGAAUGACCAAACUGACCAAACCAAAAGCACUACCGAGAUUAAUCAUGCCAGGGGUAAUACCGUCAACAACAAUAUUGUUGGUAUUAGCAGGAGGAAGGCCCAAACAAUACCAGAGAGAUCAAGGCCCACGAUGAAGGGACUAGCUGUUCUAGUAUAAUUAAUCGAGAUUAAUCAGUUCUAAGUUAAUACACAUUUAAUUUAUUACAGCGGUGAGUAUGUUAUACAUACUGUAAUCAGAUUUUCCAAGGAUUGAGUGUUUUAUGACGCUCCCUCUUUUGAAUAUGUGGUUUGGUUUUGGCAAAAUAGGGGCGUCGAUUCGAUUA